CCAGCAGUGAGUAAAGGCCUGCAGUAAUGAAUAUAUGUGUCAGGUAACUCUACCCCUCGCUGAUGUCAUGCAGAGUAAUUGAAACCUUGCUGAAGGCUGCAGCCAUGGAGCCGACCGGAUCCCCGCCUCUCACCGGACAAAAACUCCACUAAUCGCUACGGGGGGAAGAGCUCGGCGGUGGGAACAUGGCGCAUUUACUCUGGAUUUACUUUCCCCAGGAAAAAGUUUGGAGGGUUGCUACAUAGCACGCAAGUCUCCCCUAAUUCAUCGAUGAUUAAACCCGCUGCAGACUGAGAUAAAGUCCUACAAUCCUGCGGGUCUCGAGCGGUUCUGGAUGGUGGGUUUUCCUGCCCAGCCUCGGGACUGUUGCUGCUGUGGGAUGAAAGUUGGUCGCUGCCGGAUUUAGGCGAGAGCAGGAUGGAAAAGCAAAGAACCAGGAAAGAAAAGUUCUACCUGUUUGGUUCUCGCUCCACCAGCAGGUCCACCAACCCUCCCUCUUCCUCCUCCUCCUCUUCCUCUCCUGUGAUUUCUCCAGCCCCUCCGGUGAAAGGGGUGGGCCCACCGCCCGGCCCUCCAGAUUGCUCCGGCCUCAGCAAAGCAGAGUUCCUGGAGCGCGUGCGGCGCAGUAACCAGGCCUGCCAGCAGGGGGAGUAUGCCCUGGCUGUGCGUCUCUAUGGCGAGGCCCUCACCGCCGACCCCCAGAACUGCAUCCUGUACAGCAACCGCUCGGCCGCCUAUCUCCGACUGGGCCAGUACAGCACCGCGCUGGACGACGCCAUCAAAGCGCGUGUCAUCAACCCCAAAUGGCCCAAGGCCUACUUUCGUCAGGGGGUUGCCCUGCAGUACCUGGGUCGCCAUGCCGACGCCCUGGCGGCGUUCGCCUCCGGCCUCGCCCAGGACCCCAAGAGUCUCCAGCUGCUCGUGGGCAUGGUGGAGGCCGCCAUGAAGUCUCCGCUCAGAGACACGCUUGAGCCGACCUACCAGCAGCUGCAGAAGAUGAAGCUGGACAAGAGCCCGUUCGUGGUGGUGUCGGUCAUCGGCCAGGAGCUGCUGACCCACGGUUUCCACGGCGCCUCGGUCGUGGUGCUGGAGGCGGGGCUGAAGAUCGGCACGUGCUCGCUGAAGCUGCGUGGCUCCGUCUUCUCGGCCCUGAGCUCGGCCUACUGGUCUUUAGGCAACGCCGAGAAGAGUGUUGCCUACAUGCAGCAGGACCUGGAGGUGACCAAGACUUUAGGUGACCAGUCAGGUGAAUGCCGUGCUCAUGGCAACCUUGGCUCCGCCCUCUUCUCCAAGGGCAGCUACAGAGAAGCCCUGGCCAAUCACAGGAACCAGCUGGUGCUGGCCAUGAAGCUCAAGGACAGAGAGGCCGCGUCCGAUGCUCUCAGCGGUCUGGGCCACGUGUACACCGCCAUCGGGGACUACCCCAACGCGCUGGCCAGCCAUAAACAGUGUGUGCUGCUGGCGCGACAGACGCAGUGCCAGCUCUCCGAGGCUCGCCAGCUGGGCAACAUGGGCGCCGUGUACACAGCGCUGGGAGACUUCACCAACGCUGUGCAGUGCCACGAGCAGCACUUGGACAUCUCGAAGACUUUGGAGAAUGUGCGUGAGGAGGCGCGGGCGUACAGCAACCUGGGCAGUGCCUACCACUCGCAGCGGGACUUCGACAAGGCCAUAUCGUACCACACCCGGGUCCUGGAGCUGGCUCAGGAGAUGGGCGACCGGGCCAUCGAGAUGAGAGCGUACGCUGGCCUGGGACACGCCGCCCGAUGCAUGCAGGACUUGGAUCGAGCCCGGCAGCACCACCAGCACCAGCUCGAAAUCGCUCAGGAGCUGCAGGACCGAGCAGCUCAGGGCCGGGCGUCCUCCAACCUGGGUAUCAUCCACCAGAUGAAGGGGGAGUACGAGGCAGCUCUAAAGCUCCACAAAGCCCACCUGUCCUUCGCCCAGGAGCUGAGUGAUUACGCUGCCCAGGGAAGGGCCUAUGGCAACAUGGGCAACGCCUAUCACGCACUCGGCAUCUACGACCAAGCUGUCCGGUACCACCGACAAGAACUGCAGAUCUCACUAGAGGUGAAUGACCGUCCGUCCCAGGCCUCCACCCAUGGGAACCUGGCUGUAGCCUAUCAGGCGCUGGGCGCUCACGACCGAGCUCUGCAGCACUACCUUCACCAUCUCGCCAUCGCACGAGAACUCCGGGACACUCAAAGUGAAGCACGAGCACUAGCGAACUUGGGCAACUUCCACAGCUGGAGAGGUGAAUACGCUCAGGCUUUGCCGUUCUACCAGCAGCACCUGGCUCUGGCCCCGGGCCUGCAGGACCUGGAGGGAGAGGGGAAGGUUUGCCACAACCUGGGCUACGCUCACUACUGCCUCGGACAGUACAGAGACUCGGUCAGAUAUUACGAGCAGGACCUUGCCUUGGCGAAGGACCUUCAGGACAAAUUAGCUCAGGCAAAAGCCUAUUGUAACCUCGGUCUUGCCCACAAAGCACUGGGGGAGUACAAGAAAGCCGAGGAAUGUCAGAGAUACCUGCUCUCUCUGGCGCAAGCUUUGGAUAACACACAGGCGGUUUUCAGGGCCUUUGGGAACCUGGGGGAUGUGUGUGUGUGCCGGGGUGAUCUUCCCGGAGCGGUGAGGUUCUACCAGCAGCAGUUAAGUCUGGCUCAGAAGGUCAACGAUCAGAAGAUGGAGGCGGACGCAUACUCGGCACUUGGAUCAGUUCACAGGCUGCUCCGCCAGCUGGAGACAGCCCUGUCCUUCCAUAGCCAGGAACUGACCGUCCGAAAGGAUCUAGGGGAUCAGCAGGGGGAGUGCCGCGCCCUUGGCCACCUAGCAGCGGUCCACAUGGCCCUGGGAGACUAUGCUACAACCUUCCAGUGUUAUGAGGCCCAGCUGGGCCUGGCGCAGGGACUCAGGGAUGCCCGUCUGGAGGCACAGGUCCACGGGAACAUGGGCAUCACCAAAUUGAACAUGGGGGUGUUUGAGGAAGCUAUUGGCUACUUUGAGCAGCAGCUGGCCAUGCUGCAGCAGUUGAGCGGGACUGAGAGCAUGCUGGACCGGGGCCGGGCCUACGGGAACCUGGCAGACUGCUAUGACGCUCUGGGAGACUACGAGGAGGCUAUUCAGUACUACGAGAAGUACCUGACGGUGGCUCAGAGUCUCAACCAUGUCCAGGACCAGGAGAAAGCCUACAGAGGACUCGGCAGUGCACACAGGUCUUUGGGUAGUCUCCAGCAAGCAUUGGUGUGCUUCGAGAAGCGGCUGGUGGUGGCCCAUGAGCUGGGUGGGGAAGGAGGGGGCAAGGCUCAGGCUUAUUGGGAGCUGGGCACCUUACACAGCCAACUGGGCAACUACGAGCAGUCCCUGUCCUGCCUGGAACACCAGCUCAACAUCGCACGCACAGCGGGGGAUAAAUCCCUGGAAGCAGAGGCAAGUGACGCACUUGGAGGCGUUUAUCAGCUGAUGGCAGACAAUGAGACAGCACUACAGUGGCACCAGAGGGCUUUGGAUAUAGCCGAGCAGACGGGGUGCGUGAGGAGCCAGGGCCGAGCCUACGGCAACCUGGGGCUGACCUACGAAGCUCUGGGGAAGUACGAGCGGGCCGUGGUCUUCCAGGAGCAGCACCUGAGCGUGGCGGCACAGACCAACGAUCUGAUAGCCAAAACUCUCGCCUACGGGAGCCUGGGGAGGACACACCACGCUCUGCAAAACUACGCCCAGGCUGUGAUGUACCUGCAGGAAGGUCUGCGGCUGGCGGAGCAGUUAGGUCGGAGAGAAGAUGAAGCUAAGAUACGCCAUCGCCUCGGCCUGUCUCUGUGGGCCGGGGGAAACCUGGACGAGGCACAACACCAGUUGUACAGAGCGUCCGUGUUGUUCGAGGCGAUUCGGCACGAGACGCAGCACAGCACGGAUAACAAGCUCUCUCUGUUUGACCUGCAAACCAGCUCGUACCAGGCUCUCCAGAGAGUCCUCGUGAGCCUAGGCCGGCACGAUGAGGCGCUGGCCAUAGCGGAGCGAGGGCGAACGCGAGCCUUCGCCGACCUCCUUGUCGAACGCCAGAAAGGGAGUCAGCUAGCAGCGAGCGCCGACCCGUACGUCCCGGUUACCGUGGAGCACAUCCUGGAGACCGUCAACGGUCAGAGGGCCAUGGUGCUCUACUACUCUCUGGCUGGAGGCUUUCUGUACAGCUGGCUCAUAGCUCCAGGGACAGGUAUCGUGAAGUUUAACGAGGUGUAUCUGGGCGAGUCCGGACUGGAGGAGUUCCAUGAUGGUGGUGGUGGGAGCCCACAGGGUGGAGGAGGAGGAGGAGCAGGCGGAGGCCCCCUGUCUCUGGAGCAGUACAUCUGCAACGCUCGAGAGGCCCUCGGAGUGGACAGCCACUACAGCAGAGUCGGCUCCAGCAGUGAGACGGAGAGUGAAGCCGGAGAUCUGUUAGAGCAACAGUUUGAGGAGCUGAACAACAAACUGACCUCAGCCACCGACCCCACGGGAUACCUCCGCAUGGUGUCCAGAAAUAACCUCUUCAACAGAAGCUGUCGGAGCAUGACGAGUCUAUACAGCGCCACAGUGUCUCCGGUGAAGGACAGCUCAUCAUCUCCUCCGUACCGGCCUGGCAACAUCAGCAAACCUCCUCUACGAGCCCUUUACGACUUACUCAUAGCACCAAUGGAAGGGGGCCUGAUGCACAGCAGUGGGCCCGUGGGCCGACACAGACAGCUGGUCUUAGUGCUGGAGGGGGAGCUGUACCUGAUCCCAUUCGCCUUGCUCAAAGGAAGCUCCUCCAACGAGUACCUUUAUGAGAGAUUCAGCCUCAUUUCGGUUCCUUCUUUAAGCAGCCUGGGAGCCCCAAUCAAGCCUCCUCCCCGCCGCAGGGGUCCCUUGCUCUGCGCAGAUGGAGGUUCAGUCGCUGCAGUGGUCGGGGCUCCUCGCCUGCCCCCCUCAGUGAUGGACCGCUGGCUGUGGGGCCCGUUACCUUCAGCCCAAGAUGAAGCUCUGUGGCUGGGGGAACAGCUGGGAUGUCACCCCCUGACGGGAGCCAAUGCCACAAAGGAGCGCGUGCUCGCAGCUCUGAGUCAGGCCGAGUGCGUUCACUUUGCCACCCAUAUCUCCUGGAAGCUCGCCGCGCUGGUUCUCGCCCCCAGCCAAGAGCAUGCUGGGGGCGAAGGGGCGGGCGGGCGACCCAGGGAGAAGUCCCCGUGUGGGGGGUCGACGUCCGGCGAGACCGCGGGUCGCAAUGGAAACGUCAAGGGUUUGUUUGCAAAGAGUCACAGCAGCCCAGAGAGACUCAGAGGAGAGGAUGAAACCAGCGAGGACGGGGAGAGUGUGUGUGACGCGGAGAGUGUGUGUGACAGUCCGUCACUUCAUGACUUCCUCCUUACUGCCGCUGAUAUCCUGGACCUGUGCUUGAACGUCAAACUGGUGGUUCUGAGGUUGUACCCGGAGUCCAGCAGCAGGGUGACAGCAGACGGGGUGGUGGGUCUGACCCGGGCCUUCUUGGCUGCAGGGGUCCAGUGUGUGUGUGUCUCUCUGUGGCCUGUACCGGUAGCUGCCUCCAAACUCUUCACACACACCUUGUACACAGCGCUUCUGAACGGGACCAAAGCCAGCGCAGCUCUGACCGAGGCCAUGAAGACCCUGCAGAGCAGCAAGCACUUCUCCCACCCCUCCAACUGGGCCGGGCACAUGCUGAUUGGCACUGAUGUGAAGCUGAACAGCCCCAUGUCGCUGGUUGGACAAGCCCUGGCGGAGAUCCUGCAGUACCCAGAGAGGGCCCGGGACGCCCUCAGAGUGCUCUUACACCUUGUUGAGAAGUCUUUGCAGCGCAUUCAGAGUGGCCAUUGCAAUGCGAUGUACACGUCGCAACAAAGCGUCGAGAACAAGGUGGGUGGGGUGCCCGGGUGGCAGGCCCUCCUGUCUGCCGUGGGUUUCCGGUUAGACUUCUCUGGCAGCUGUGCUGGUCUCCCUGCGGCGGUUUUCUUCCCCACCUCAGACCCCGGGGAACGGCUGCAACAGUGCAGCACCACCCUGCAGUCCCUGCUCGGUCUCACUCCUCCAGCUCUGCAGGCUCUCUGUAAACUGGUCACAGUGUCUGAGGCAGGAGAACAGCUGAUUCAUAAGGCGGUUAAAAGCAUGGCGGGAAUGCUUCACCAGGUGCUGGUUCAGUUGCAGCCAGGCGACAAGGAGCAGGACUUCUCCCUGGCUCCCAUCCAAGUGUCCAUAAGUGUGCAGCUGUGGAGGCUUCCAGGCUGCCACGAGUUCCUGGCUGCGCUCGGUUUCGAUCUCUGUGAGGUGGGUCAGGAGGAGGUCGUGCUGAAGACCGGAAAGCAGGCCAGCAGGCGCAUCAUGCACUUUGCCCUCCAGUCUCUCCUGGCACUCUUUGACUCCACAGAGCUUCCGAAGCGCCUGAGCAUGGACAGUUCGUCCUCCCUGGAGUCUCUGUCGUCCUCCCAGUCGGCCUCCCAGCCUCACUCGUUGCCCCUCUCCUUCAGCUGCUACCCGCCUCAGCCCUCCUUCUUACCGCCCGGCUGCCCCGACAACCUCUCCUGCGACGCCAUCUCCGUCUACAGCCUCAGCUCCCUCGCGUCCUCCCUCAGUUUUCUGUCCCGGCCUGAGCCCACAGGAAGUGACGUCAUCAGCCAGCGCUCACAUCAGCAGGAACCGGACAGACCUCGCGGGGGAGGGGGCCUCUACGCCUCGCAGCACCGCCCGUCGGGCGGCCUGUCGAGAGGCAGACUGACCAAUCACGGAGGAGGGUUGGCGGGAGAUAGGGAGGAUGAGGAGUACGAGGGGUUCUCUAUCAUAAGCAGCGAGCCUUUAGGACGAGGGAGGAGGGACUGUGACACGCUGCCUCUGCCCGCGGGACACAGACACGACAGAGGCGGUGUUGGGAGAGGGUCUGCCGGGCGCCAUGGGUACCCUGUCACAAUUUCCUCCAAGGGAAGCGUCAGCACGCCAACAUCUCCGAUUAAAGCUCCACCGCUGCCCCUGAAAGUCCCCAGCAGCCCCAAGCCCAAGCAGGAAAUCUCGCAUCCUCAGAGGACCGGGAAAGGGAAGAUAAGCAGCUCAGAGUCGGACCAGUCGAGCACCGAGACAGACAGCACGGUCAAGUCCCAGGAGGAGAGGACGGGGCCCGUGGGACAGCUGGAUCCCCAAGAACUGGCCCAGAAGAUUCUGGAGGAGACCCAGAGCCACAUGGAAGCUGUGGAGAGCCUGCAGAAAGCAAACAUCAGAGGAAAGACAGUGAAGGGGCCGGAUGGGCGAGAAGAUGCCCAUUCCAGGCAGCCUUCGCUGUCCUCUCCCACAAGCCCAACGUUGACUCCCACUGGAGGAUCAAGAGGCUUCCAGCCCUCUGAGACCAGUGCGUUCAGCAGACCCCCCAGUAGGGCGAGUCUAAAGGCUUCCUCUUCUCCUCUUUCCCUCACUGGUCAUCUUUCACCCCUCUCCCCUUCGGUUUCAACACCUCCCCCAAUUCGGCCUAAACCCCCAUCCCGCUCCUCGUCGCUGCAGAAGAUCAGCUCCGGCUACAACAGCCCCGCUCCUUCCUCCCCUUCUUCAUCUCUCUCUGUGACAGAGCAGGCUUGGCCUUUCCCCGACGUCUCCCCAGAUGUGCAUGUGCGGGCUCAGCUUAAACUGAAAUACCCUCCCUCACCUUACACCACCCACAUCUCACCCUCACGCUCUCCUGCUGGUAGCGCCCCAUCGCCGGCCUUUUCUUAUUCCUCCGCAGGAUCCGUUUCGGCCUCCUCCAGCCCCGCAAACACGCCCGAACUCAACCAGCCAAAACGGGACCGUAAAGUCCAGAGGAUUCAUAAUUUAAAAACCUUCUGGGCCAACGCUGGCCAGAAACACGAGGAGCCCUGCCCGGCCACUUUACUCCGAGCUGGGAAUAAAAAAAUGAGUACAGUUCAGAAAGAUGUUUUGGGUUUGCUUAACCUCUCACCUAGACACGAGUCUGUCAGCAAAAAGGUAGAAGCAUCCGGGGAUCAUAACACUGGCGACGGACAGAAUGGCCACCAAACACUGGAGGCUAAACCUCCUCCACCUCCAUCGUCGAACUCUAAGGGGGGCAUCAAAGUUCCCACUGGGAACGGAUACAAGUUCCUCUCGCCUGGACAUUUCUUUCCCUCCUCUAAAUGUUAAGAGUCGGGAUACUUGCCAUGCUGAACCCAGAGCCAGAGGACCAAUCCUCUGCUCUGUUUUUUGGGUGUUUGUGCUACGACAGAAGCUGACCGUUUGUCAGCUAAAUACUACCAAGUUUUCUUUCUUUUUUUUUAGCAAUACCUGCUGAAGACUAUUAUUCAUACUGACAGUGAUUUUACACAUCACUACUUUUUGUGUGAGGGGAUGGUAAUGUUUUGAAUGUGAUGAUUGUGCCUUCUGGAGAGAGCUGGAAGGACGAAUAAAUGACUGAGAGAAAUGUUGAGUCUCUGGCUUUAAAUGGGUUUCUAUGACUGACUAGAGCGCAUGAGUCUCCAUGCCUCCACGUACUGCACUCCCAGUCCGUUGACUGAACGCCUGAGAGAAGGAGAACGUCUUCUGUUGACCUAAAUGCUCGCUAUAUUUGUGUAAGUUGACCUGAAUAUGAUCUUGAGGUUUUUUUGUGUAAUAAUUAUUGUUAAAUGUCAUUAUCAAUGCUCACCGGUUGUCAUUCAUUUUGUAAAGUAACCUGUGUUUUCCAGUUAUUAUUAUACAUUUUAUAAAGACAAUUAAAGGAAGAUUUAAGGAAAAGAUUUUUGAUAUUUUUUAUUGGAGAUUUGAUUUUAUGUGUGAUUGACAGCAUGGUACUUUUACUUCUUGCUGUUCAGCGUGUCAGUGAUUUUAUAAUCUACAAUUUCACAGCAAUGCCAGACUCCUAUUUAGAAAUAUCUCAAUUUGCAAGAACUGAACCAAUAAAAAUGUCCCUUU